AAUCUCUGUUAGCUUAUUAUGAUGUGCUUUACAUGAUUGAUUUUAAAUACUGAUACUUAACUUGGUAUAAAGGUGACAAAUUAAUUUGAUAAGCAAAGUCAACAAAGAAAAUAAUCAAAAUGAUUUUCAAAAAUGUAACCCAUGUCCUAUUUGAUUUAGAUGGCUUACUUAUCGAUUCUGAACGAUUAUACACUGAAGCAUUCUCUAAUAUUUGUGCCAAGUAUGAUAAGGAGUUUACUUGGGAAUUAAAGAGGAGCAUUUUGGGUUUUCAAGGCCAUGAAUGUGCAGAGAGAAUAAUAAAAACACUAGAUCUACCACUAACAGGGGAAUCUUUUAUGGAAGAGUGUAAAAAAGAAUAUGAGAAAGUUUUUGUGAAUGUUCAACUUAUGCCUGGAGCACAGAAAUUGGUAGAACAUUUGCACAGUAAAGGUGUGCCCAUAGCUUUAGCUACAAGCUCCGGUCAAGACAGUGUUGACAUGAAAAUGCAAAAGCAUAAAGAUUUCCUCAGUAACUUCCACCAUCUUACCAUGGGUACUACUGAUCCAGAAGUUACGAAAGGAAAACCGGAUCCAGCUAUAUUUCUAGUUUGUGCUUCGAAAUUUCCUGACAAACCUGAUCCAGAAAAGUGCUUAGUGUUUGAGGAUGCAGUGAAUGGAGUGAAAGCCGCAUUGGCUGCUAACAUGCAGGUUGUAGUUGUGCCCGAUCCUCGCAUAGACACAGAAGAUCUAAAAGAUGCUACAUUGUGUUUGAAAUCAUUGGAAGAUUUUCAACCAGAGCUAUUUGGAUUGCCUCCAUUUGAUUAGAGUUGUACCUUUUU